CGCGGGCGGCCUCUGGGCGGACGGCGACAGCGACGGCGGCUGGGAGGCCGAGCGGGGCCUGGCGCCUGGGAGGAGCCGCGAGGAGGAUGAAGAUGAGCUAGAGUCGGAGGAGGAGGAGGAGCAGCUCCGUGAGGGAGAAGAGGAGGAAGACAGUGAGGAAGAUGAGGAGGAGCUGGAGGAUGAAGAGGCCGAAACGGGAACAGCGGCUCUGGCAAAGGCUGACACAACAGGGCCCCGGAAAGAUGGGUGCACGCGAAACCACAAGGCAUCCUUGGCAGACAGUGGCACCUGGGAACCCAAUCCCGCCGGGAGCCCUAUGGAGCAGACGAACCUUUGCCCUAGUCCAACCAAAUACGUCCCCCCUCAAGCGAGAGGAGCUGGAGAGAGAAUGGAUGACAAAAAAAGGGAAGAACUAUUAAGACUGAAGAAAACAGUGAAUGGUUUAGUGAACAGGCUGAGUGAACCCAAUAUGGCCUCCAUAAGUGGACAGUUGGAAGAGCUGUACAUGGCUAAUAGUAGAAAGGACAUGAAUGAAACCCUAACAGACAUUCUUAUGAACGCUUGUGUUGGUGCAGCUGCAAUGCCUGCAAGGUUGAUGAUGGAACAUGUCCUUUUGGUCAGCAUUCUUCAUCAUACGGUGGGAAUUGAGGUUGGUGCACACUUUUUGGAGGCAGUAGUAAAGAAAUUUGAUGAACUCUAUACAAGUGAGACUGAAGGGAAAGAGUGUGAAAACCUCUUUAUCUUGAUUGCCCAUCUGUAUAACUUCCAUGUCGUGCAUUCACUGCUGAUCUUUGACCUUCUGAAGAAGCUUGUUAGCACGUUCACGGAAAAGGACAUUGAACUGAUUUUGCUACUCCUGAAAAACGUGGGUUUUUCUUUGAGGAAAGAUGAUGCCUCUGCACUGAAGGAACUGAUCAGUGAGGCUCAGAACAAAGCAAGUGCUGUUGGGAAGAAAUUUCAGGACCAGUCCAGGGUUCGCUUUAUGCUAGAGACUAUGCUGGCACUCAAAAAUAAUGAUAUGCGGAAAAUCCCAGGUUAUGACCCUGAACCAGUUGAGAAACUGCGCAAACUGCAGAGACCAUUGGUUCACAACAGUGGUUCUGGAAGAGAGACUCAGCUUCGUGUAUCAUUAGAAUCGCUCCUCAACGCUGACCAAGUUGGUCGCUGGUGGAUUAUAGGGUCAUCUUGGAGUGGAGCACCAAUGAUUGAUGAUACCAACAACAAGACUCAGCAGCAACUGCCUGUUGGAAAGGUGAGUUCAAAGAUACUGGAGCUUGCUCGUAAGCAGAGAAUGAACACUGACAUCAGGAAAAAUAUUUUUUGUGUCUUGAUGACAAGUGAAGACUUCUUGGAUGCCUUUGAAAAACUUUUGAAGCUGGGACUUAAAGAUCAGCAGGAAAGAGAGAUAGUUCAUGUUCUACUUGACUGUUGCCUCCAGGAAAAGACAUAUAACCCCUUCUAUGCAUAUUUGGCUGCCAAGUUUUGUGAAUAUGAUAGAAGAUUUCAGAUGACAUUCCAGUUCAGUUUUUGGGAUAAAAUUCGAGAUUUGGGAAACCUGUCACCCACUGCCUUCUCCAACCUGGUGUGUCUGUUAGUUCAUGUGUUAAAGACAAAAUCACUCUCCAUUUCAGUCCUCAAGGUAAUUGAAUUCAGUGAACUAGACAAACCCAAAGUCCGUUUCCUGCGGCAAGUGUUAAGUAUGCUGUUAAUAAAAACAGACUCAGAAGAACUUAGUACCAUUUUUGGAAGGUUAUCUGACAACCCAAAAUUGGGAAUGUUGCGUGAAGGUUUGAAGCUCUUCCUUAGUCACUUCUUAUUAAAGAACGUUCAAGCACGCACAAGUGCUGAAGAAGCCAGCUUACUAAAAGAAAGAGUUGAAUUAGUAAGCAGGACUUUGCAAGCAAAGGAAUCCAGAUUGAAACUAUAGUUUGCUCUUCAACUUUGUAUGGAAACUUUGUAUGGACUUCAUAACAAUGUUGUGCUUAACUGCAACAGGCCUUUUUUUUUUUUCCAGAAAUCUAAAUGCUUGAUAUUAAGUUGUAUUGUUACCCUGCUAAGGACCCCAAACUCUGGAUAUAACAGAGCUGUAUCACCCCCAAACAAGAAUUACAGUUUUCUGAGAAGGUCACAAAAGGACAUUAUAAAAAAAAAUAAUUGCGUGUCUUACUUCACUCGUCUAGUCAUCAUUUAAAGUUUUAUCUUCUUCCUUCCUCAUUCACCUCCAAUGAGUAUUUCCUAGUACCAUUUCACAUCUUGGGAGAUGGCAAAAAUUAUUAAAUUUUACUUAAUACCUCAUAUCAGUCUCUACAUGAUGCUAUCCAGCAAACCCUAGUUUUGUAAUUCUGGAGAGUUCAGUGUUUGAUAUUCAAACCUGUUACCUUUUAUUUUAAAUAAUUGUAUAAAAUUGAAAAAAGUAAGUGUUUCUGUGUUAUAUAAUGCUCAGCCUUCUCUGAGGCUUGUUAAUUACUUACUGUAAUCAGGUGUAAAGCAGAUCACUAGAUGGCACAGACACAGGUGAGUCAGUUUUGGAACAGUUCUACGUUUUUAAAGAAAAUGUGCUUUGUGAUUGUAUUGACUAAUUCAAAGAAUUGUUUACCUGCAUUGCUGUCAGGGAAUGAUCUCUCCAACACUUGCAUUAUAAACCUUGGUGGUUUAGAUGGGUUUGAAGAGUUAGUUUGCCCAAUUAUAUUGGGCUUAAAUAGCACAGCAUAAUUUUAUGCUAAUAUUUUAAUCUAUAACUGCCUAGUGCAUUUGGAUCUCGUGGUUUCUGAGGCUUGUUUUGCCAACUCCUACCUUAAAAUGUUUCCAUGUAUUAAAUUCUACAUGUGCUGUAAUCAAACUUAUUUUCUGUCUUCCAGGAGGAGAAUAUCCCAUUUAGAUCCUACUCUUUUUCUUUAUCCAGGUACUUGAAGGACUAAUAUUUUUUGGGUGCAUCACCUGAUUCCUUGCAGAUUAAAUGAAGUGUUUCUUAAAAUAUAUGGCAUCUUACAAGUGGCAGAUUAAACCAGAUUUUCAUGGCUAAUUUUGCCAUGUAUGAUACAUUCUAGCAAACAGUAUUUAAAUAAAAUUUAAUGUCACCAGGUUG